CAGGAAAUAGUCAGCUUCGAUUGCAAAGCUUCAUGAUACGCUCUCUUCUCCAUCCUCUCCCCACCACCACAGGGGGCACAAACAGAAAGCCAUAAUCGGCUAAUGACCUAAAAAAGCUGUCUUUUUUCUCAAAUUAUCUCUGGGAUUUCUAUCCUGUCCCUGAAAUUUUGUUAUUUUCAUCUUUGAAUUCGAAAUUCCAUAGCUAAUUUGAUCUUUGAAAUCGAGGAGCGUUGUUGAUGGAGCCUCGCGUUGGCAAUAAGUUCCGGCUUGGUCGGAAAAUCGGCAGCGGCUCCUUCGGAGAGAUCUAUCUUGGGACUAAUAUUCAGACUAAUGAAGAGGUGGCUAUCAAGCUUGAAAAUGUAAAGACAAAGCACCCUCAAUUACUAUAUGAGUCAAAGUUGUAUAAAUUACUACAAGGAGGAACUGGAAUCCCCAAUGUGAAAUGGUUUGGCGUUGAAGGCGACUAUAAUGUCCUUGUGAUUGAUUUACUGGGACCGAGUCUAGAAGAUCUAUUUAACUUCUGUAGUAGGAAGCUCUCUUUGAAGACUGUUCUUAUGCUUGCGGAUCAGAUGAUAAACCGGGUUGAAUUUGUUCAUUCAAAAUCAUUCCUUCACCGAGAUCUCAAGCCUGACAACUUCCUUAUGGGCUUAGGGAGGCGUGCAAAUCAGGUCUAUAUUAUUGAUUUUGGGCUGGCUAAAAAGUACAGGGACUCAUCAACUCAUCAACAUAUUCCAUAUAGAGAAAAUAAAAAUUUGACAGGAACAGCCAGAUAUGCAAGCAUGAAUACUCAUCUUGGAAUUGAACAAAGCCGGAGGGAUGAUUUGGAAUCGCUUGGCUUUGUGCUAAUGUACUUUUUACGGGGGAGUCUUCCUUGGCAGGGGUUAAAAGCUGGCAACAAGAAACAGAAAUAUGACAAGAUUAGCGAGAAGAAAGUAUCCACAUCUAUAGAGGCCCUGUGUCGGGGCUAUCCUGCGGAAUUUGCUUCUUAUUUUCAUUACUGUCGGUCACUUAGAUUUGAGGAUACUCCAGAUUAUGCUUAUCUCAAGAGAAUUUUCCGAGAGCUUUUUAUUCGUGAAGGUUUUCAGUUUGAUUAUGUUUUCGACUGGACAAUUCUUAAAUAUCAGCAAUCGCAGCUUGCAAAUCCUCCUUCUCGUGCUCUUGGUGGUAGUGGAAUGAACUCGGGAAUGCCUCGUGCUGUUGCUAAUGUUGACAGGCAACCAGGUGGUGAUGAAGGUAAACCUCCUGCAAAUUUGGCACACAGUAGAAGCACAAAUGCUGGAAUCAAGCAGAAAAAUUCAGCUAACGACUCAGGCAUGGGUAAAAUGCUAUCGAGCUCGAGUUUCUUCCGAUUAGGUGGAUCUUCGAGGCAACCUGCUGUAUCCACUAGCCGCGAUGCAGCAACUGCUGGGGCUGACCCCGACGCCCCCCGCACUCGUGGAACAGAUGCAGAAGCACCACACAAAAUGUCUAGUUCUGCUGCCCAGAGGAUCUCUCCAGUCGUGCCGUCUGAUCACAAGCGCAACCCCACAUCAAGAAACGCGAAUUCAAAAAAUUUAGAUUCCACCCUUAAAGGCAUAGAGGGUCUAAGUUUCAGCAAUGACGAGAGAUUGCCACACUAGCCCUUGCUUCAUAUUUUCUGGCUGUAUAUUUUCGUUUGGCUUGAAACGACUUGGCUGUGGUUGUUCCCCCCGAGGGCACUGUAAGCUGAAGUUAUAGGGCACGAUAACUGGAAACCGCAACUCCAAGAAGAAGAAGAGAAUAAAGAUGUCAUCAGGUUGCUGACACAAAACAUCAAGCUCCAUCUAUGCUGUUUCAUUUCUCCUGUUUUUUCAUUUAGACUUGAUGAAAGCCUUUCCCCCUUUUUUCCCCUUUCAUUUGUAUCUUUUUACAUAGUUUCCUGUAUGGGAUGCCAGCAUGAAAAAGGCAUCAUUAUAUUAUAUAAUGUAUAUCCAUGAAAACAUCAAAAGAGCAAUGUGUGGAAUAACAUAACAUAUUCUUUUUGGUGGAUUGCCUAUACAAAUUUGCU